UCCCGGUGAAGGGCGCCGCUGGGAUUUCUGCGGUACACACGUGGGGCCGUCGGCGGACCCGGCUGGUGGUUCUGUCUCUCCGUAGUGCGGUAUCCUCAUUGAAUGACCGAGUGGCAGCGUAGAUUUGGGGUCGAUAGCCAAUGGAGCUUGGUAGGGGGAAGGAAGGGACCUCUGGAGGAAGUCUCUGGAGUGCGGCCGAGGGGGCGCGGCUCUGCUGCCUGUCUGACAGGGAGGGAGCCUGGGCUGUAGCUGGGAGGCCGGAGGCCGGCGGGGGAGAGGAGGAGAAGGUGCCGGCGGCAGUGAAGAAAACCGAGGAUGCGGAGGAAUUAAGGAUGGAUUUAGCGGUUGUGAAGCAAGAAGUUAUAGACUGGUCGGAUCUAAAGGGCGACAUGGUGGACAGCCAAUGGGUAAAGCAGGAAGUGGAGGAUGGGCCUGAGGUGAAGGAUGAGAAACCAGAGGUACUGGAGGUGAAGCAGGAGGUGGAUAGUAGUUUUGUGGUAAAAGAAGAGAGGAUGGAAGAAACAGAGGUAAAGGAAGAGAAAGUGAAGGUGAAGGAAGAGGUCAUGGACUGGCCAGACGUGAAAGAGGAGAACUUAGAGGUGAAACAGGAGGAAAAGUUUGCUGCUCCGAACAUAAAAGAGGAGCAGAUGAUGGACGGGUUGCAUAUAAAAGAAGAGAAGGACUUCCUGAAAAGAGAAGGGAUGGAUGAUCCGAAAGUAAAAGUAGAGCCUCCACUGGAUCUGCCAGUUGGCUGCAAGCGGAAACUGGCCCUGGCAAGGUGUGAAACUUGUGGUACGGAAGAAGCAAAGUACAGAUGUCCACGUUGUAUGCGAUAUUCCUGCAGUUUGCCUUGUGUAAAGAAACACAAAACAGAACUGACAUGUAAUGGAGUUCGGGAUAAAACUGGUUACGUUUCAAUACAGCAAUUUACUGAAAUGAAUCUCUUAAGUGAUUAUCGAUUUUUGGAAGAUGUAGCAAGAACAGCAGACCAUAUUUCUAGAGAUAUUUUCUUGAAACGACCAACAAGCAAUAAGCAUAUGUUUUUUAUGAAAAAUCGUGCCCGAAGGCAAGGUAUUACCUUAAAACUUCUUCCCAAUGGAUUCACCAAAAGGAAAGAGAAUUCAACAUACUUUGAUACAAGAAAACAGCAGUUUUAUUGGCAUGUGAAACUCCAGUUUCCUCAAAGUCAAGCUGAAUACACAGAAAAAAGGGUUCCAGAUGAUAAAACUAUUAAUGAAAUUCUAAAAUCUUACAUUGAUCCUGAAAAGUCAGAUCCUGUAAUUCGUCAAAGGUUAAAAGCCUAUAUUCGCUCUCAGGUGGGAGUUCAAAUUUUAAUGAAGGCUGAACAUAUGCAGCAAAAUUUACUAAGCUAUUAUGAACUGGAUCCUCAUAAAAGUCUCCUAGACAACUUGAGAAACAAAGUGAUUAUUGAAUACCCAACAUUACACAUAGUACUGAAAGGAUUUAGUGCUGACAUGAAAAUUCUUCCCCAAGUGAAAAAUGGAUCUACCAAGAACCUGGCAAUGGAAAUUGAGGCUUCUGCGAGACAGCGAUGGUCCAGACAGUUGCAGAGAAUUAUGCAUUGACAGCACUGAUGGGUUGUUGGAUGAUUGGGGUGUUGUUGGCAGCUGGAGUUUAUUUCUUUGAAAAUUAUUUAAACUGGAAACUUUGUUUGGGGUCAAAAAAUGAAUUUUGUAGCCUCUUGGUUAAUUGACUUGCAAGGCCCCUUUUCUCGUUUUAGCAACUCCUUUUUGCACCUGAUCAGUAUAGCUCAUACUAAGCUUCAGCUUCUAGUGUGCUUAAUUCUGUAAGCUAUAACUUUGUUAGUGUGAUAGAACCCAAGCAUCACCUGUGUCAGCCACCACCCUGGAGCUCGUAAGUGAAACAUCACUAGAAUGUGUUGCAGCAUACCAUCUAGCCGAGGAGAACUUAUCCUCAGCCUCCCUCACUUGUCCACUCUUGUCUUUGGGAUUUGUAUAUAAUUUACUCCUCUUAAAGGCAAUUUUUAUACUUAGAAAACUCACAAGAAGAUGUUUUGUGAAAAGACUAAGUACUUUCAAUUACUGUGUCUUACAUUCAGUUCUGCAAAUCAACAGCUCCACAUUGAUCAGUACUGACCAAAUUAAGUAUCUUCUGUAAUAUGUGCCUCCUUCUUAGCCCACUCUCAUUACCCCACAGAGAUGUUGUGAUGACCAGUUUGAUGCCGUAUUUUGAUACAUCCAAAAAUAACUGAAGGGGGAAAAAUCUUGGAACAAUUUGUUAUUCAAAUGUAUAUGUAUGUAUUUGUAUAUGUACAUGGUUUAAUUUAUACCUUAUGGCAGCUCACAUGUUGACAUUAAAGUUUGCUAAUUUUAUUAGCAUUUUUGCAGUUAUGGAACUGCAACAUAACUAAAAGUAAAGGAUUAUUACAUCUGUA